CUAGCAAUCCUGUGCCGCGCCGGCCUUUUUUUCCAGCGUGCCAGUCUGCGACAUUAGUAAGCGGUCGUCUCCUCACGCCGCCGCAGCGCUGCGCUGCUAACGCCGCCGCCGCGAGCCCGCAGACACAGCCACCUCUCAGCCCCAGACACGCAAGCACAAAAAACAAUGACCAUCUGCGUCGUCCUCGUCGCGAGUGUCGACAGCCAAUUAGAACAAGAAAUCUUAGAUGCGGGUUCGGAAUACCAACACCUAGCAGGAUUACCAAAAGCCCUGCUCCCCGUGAGCGGCGGGAAAAGAGUCUUGGACUACUGGUGGACGGCCAUCGAGUCCCAGCGCCAGAUCUCCGACGUGUACCUCGUCACGAACGCCAAGUCCUUCAAGCAUUUCGAGCGCUGGGCGACGGCGCGGGGUCUACCGUCGCAGAACGUGGUCAACGACGGGACGACGACGCGAGCGUCGUCGCUAGGUGCCGCGAGGGAUUUGUUGCUGGCUUUAAAUAGAUGCGGCUACAACAACGACCGAGACGUCGUUGUGGUUGCGGGCGACUCGCUGUUUCAUCGGGAGUUCGAUCUAGCAGCUCUCGUGGCGGACCAGCAUGUCAGAGCUGGGUCGUCGUUAGCCGUGUCGUAUAGAUUAGCCGAGGGCGAAGCGGCGUCGUCGCGAGGUGUGGUCGAGGUUGAUGAAAGGACAAGGCGCGUGACGCGUUUUGUGGAGAAACCCUGUGGUGAUGAAACGGUAUCGAGGCAGGCGUGCCCCCUGUUUUACGUCUUGAAACCCGCCGUCGCUUCACUCUUACCGGAAUUUGUGGAAAGUAACGAAGGCAAGCCGUCGCUGGGCAGCUUCAUGGAGUGGGCGGUCAACGACAAAGGUAGUAACGUCAGCUCCGUGAGAUUACCAGGAUGCUUCCGGUUGAUUGGCGACGCGGGGCUGCAAGAUUACCUAGACAUGAUCGAACAUUUCGAGCGCAUGGACUCGCCGACCUAUUCGGGAGCCUUGGGAAGGGGUAGACUGACCACCAGAGCCUACGCGCGCGUUGGAUUGUUCGGGAACCCGUCGGAUGGGUACGGAGGGAAGACCAUAGCGCUGACGAUCGCGAACUUCUGGGCCGAGGCGACGAUCGCCCCUUCGGAACGACUAUGUUUGGUGCCGCAUCCGUUGUUCGAUCCGUGCGCUUUCCGCGUCCUUUUUUCGCGUCGACGGCUGUCCCCGCGUCGAUGGCGUGGAGGUGGAGCGUUCUUGGAGCCGCGAGAUACUCUGCGGGGCUCGUCGACGCGACUCACGUCGCGCCAUCGACGCGCCGCCGCGUCGACGCGACUCACGUCACGCCGUCGACGCCACACCAACGCAGGUGCGACUUCGGCGGGCUGCGCGACCUCCACUUCAUCAGUAGGAGGGAGGGCUACCAGGGCGGCAUGCGGCUGCUCCAGGCGGCCUGCAAGCGGUUUUUGGAAUAUUGCGUGGAACGAGGUAUCGCACUACCUAAAAGAAACUUCACGCUAUCGUAUGAAACGAACGUCCCGCGGCAAGUGGGUCUGGCCGGUAGCUCAGCGAUCGUGACGGCCGUCGUGCGGGCGCUCAUGCGCUUCUAUGCGUUGGAUGAGACGCAUGUACCCGUCGAGAUAUUGCCCAACUUAGUUUUGAGUGUGGAGGCGGAGCUGGGCAUCAACGCCGGACUACAGGAUAGGGUCGUGCAGGCCUUUGAGGGGUUAGUAUACAUGGACUUUGAUCCCUCUACAUUCGAGGCCAAGGGCCACGGUGUGUACGAGCGGCUGACGGCCUCGCAAUUACAUGCGGCUCUACCUUUGUUGUGGCUCGCGUAUUCCGGCGAGCCGUCGGACUCCGGAGCCAUCCACAGCGACGUGAAACAAAGAUGGCGGAACGGCGACGCCGAUGCCGUGCAGGGCAUGAGCGCUAUCGCUUCGGUCGCCGCGAAGGCUCGUGAAGCGAUACGAUUGGGGGACGCUUCAGAAUGUAGACGGUUGAUGGCCGAGAACUUUAGGUUGAGGCGGAAGCUUUUCGGCGACGCGGUCCUGGGAGCGACGAACCUCAAGCUCAUUAGCAUAGCGGAGCAGAACGGCGCGGUCGCCAAGUUCCCGGGCAGCGGCGGCGCCGUCGUGGGCACCUGCGAUGUCGAUAGGUUGGCGUCCGUGCGGCGCGCGUACGAACGGGAGGGAUUUGUCUUCGUGGAGCUGGAGCCGCACUUCUCGGACGAUGGUGAGGGCGUGCUGGCGGCGCGGGUGGGCGAGGUAGCCCUGGAUGUGUAAGUUUAGUAAUC